AUGGACGUGGACAUGGACGUGGACGUGGACGUGGACAUGAACGUGGACGUGGACGUGGACAUGAACGUGAACAUGGACGUGGACAUGGACGUGGACGUGGACGUGGACGUGGACGUGGACCUGGAUGUGGACGUGGACAUGGAGAUGGACGAGGACGUGGACGUGGACGUGGACGUGGACAUGGAUGUGGAGGUGGACUUGGACGUGGACAUGGACGUGAACGUGGACGUGGACGUGGACGUGGACGUGGACGUGGACGUGGACGUGGACGUGGUCGUGGACGUGGACGUGGACAUGGACGUGGACGUGGACUUGGACGUGGACGUGGACGUGGACAUGGAGGUGGACGACGUGGACGUGGACAUGGACCUGGACGUGGACGUAGACGUGGACGUGGACGUGGCCAUGGACGUGGACGUGGACGUGGCCAUGGAGGUGGACGUGGACGUGGACGUGGAGGUGGACGUGGACGUGGACGUGGACAUGGAGGUGGACGUGGACGUGGACAUGGACGUGGAAGUGGACGUGGACGUGGAGGUGGAAGUGGACGUGGACAUGGACGUGGACGUGGACGUGGACGUGGACAUUGUCGUGGACGUCGACGUGGACGUGGACGUGGACGUGGUCGUGGACGUGGACGUAGACGUGGACGUGGACGACGUGGACCUGGACGUGGACGUGGACGUGGACGUGGAGAUGGACGUGGACGUGGACGUGGACGUGGACAUGGACGUGGAUGUGGACGUAGACGUGGACGUGGACAUGGACGUGAACGUAGAAGUGGACAUGGACGUUGACGUGGACAUGGACGUGGACGUGGAGGACUUGGACAUGGACAUGGACAUGGACGUGGACGUGGACGUGGACGUUGACGUGGACAUGGACGAGGACCUGGACGUGGACAUGGACGUGGACGUGGAUAUGGACGUGGACGUGGACGUGGAUAGGGAAGUGGACCUGGACGUGGACGUGGACAUGGACGUGGACAUGGAUGUGGACGUGGACAUGGAUGUGGACAUGGAUGUGGAUGUGGACGUGGACGUACGUGGAGGACUUGGACGUGGCAUGGACGUGGACGUGGAUGUGGACGUGGACGUGGACGUGGAGGUGGACGUGGACGUGGACGUGGACGUGGACAUGGACGUGGACGUGGAUGUAGACGUGGACAUGGACGUGAACGUGGACGUGGACGUGGACAUUGUCGUGGACGUGGACGUGGACGUGGACGUGGACGUGGACGUGGUCGUGUACGUGGACAUGGACGUGGACGUGGACGACGUGGACCUGGAUGUGGACGUGGACGUGGACGUGGACGUGGACGUGGAAGUGGAGAUGGACGUGGACGUGGACGUGGACGUGGACAUGGACGUGGACAUGGACGACGUGUACGUGGACGUGGACGUGGACAUGGACGUGGACAUGGACGUGGACGUGGACGUGGAUGUGGACAUUGUCGUGGACGUGGACGAAGACGUGGACGUGGACGUGGUCGUGGACGUGGACGUGGACGUCGACGUGGACGUGGACGUGGACGUGGACGUAGACGUGGAUGUGGACAUUGUCGUGGACUUGGACAUUGUCGUGGACAUGGACGUGGACGUGGUCGUGGACGUGGACGUGGUCGUGGACGUGGACGUGGACGUGGACGUGGACGUGGACAUGGACAUGGACGUGGACGUGGACAUGGACGUGGACGUAGACGUGGACGUGGACGUGGACAUUGACAUGGACAUGGACGUGGACGUGGACAUGGACAUGGACAUGCACGUGGACGUAGACGUGGACGUGGACAUGGACAUGGACAUGGACGUGGACGUGGACAUGGACGUGGAGAUGGACGUGGACGUGGACGUGGACAUGAACGUGGACGUGGACGUGGACAUGGACGUGGACGUGGUCGUGGACGUGGACGUGGACGUGGACAUGGACGUGGACGUGGACGUGGACAUGAACGUGGACGUGGACGUGGACAUGAACGUGAACAUGGACGUGGACGUGGACGUGGACGUGGACAUGGACGGGGACGUGGACAUGGAGGUGGAUGAGGACGUGGACGUGGACGUGGACGUGGACGUGGACGUGGACGUGGACAUGGACGUGGACGUGGACGUGGACAUGGACGUGAACGUGGACGUGGACGUGGACGUGGACCUGGACCUGGACGUGGACGUGGACGUGGUCGUGGACGUGGACGUAGACAUGGAUGUGGACGUGGACUUGGACGUGGACGUGGACGUGGACGUGGACGUGGUUGUGGACGUGGACGUGGACAUGGACGACGUGGACGUGGACAUGGACCUGGACGUGGACGUGGACGUGGACGUGGCCAUGGACGUGGACGUGGACGUGGACAUGGACGUGGACGUGGACGUGGACGUGGACAUGGACGUGGACGUGGACGUGGACGUGGACGUGGACAUGGAGGUGGACGUGGACGUGGACAUGGACGUGGACGUGGACGUGGACGUGGACGUGGACAUGGACGUGGACGUGGACGUGGACGUUGAGGUGGAAGUGGACGUGGACAUGGACGUGGACGUGGACGUAGACAUUGUCGUGGACGUCGACGUGGACGUGGACGUGGACGUGGUCGUAGACGUGUAUCUGGACGUGGACGUGGACGUGGACGUGGACGUGGACCUUCUCGUGGACGUGGACGUGGACGUGGACGUGGACGUGGUCGUGGACGUGGACGUGGACGUGGACGUGGACGUAAAUGUGGACGACGUGGACGUGGACGUGGUCGUGGACGUGGACGUGGAGAUGGAUGUGGACGUGGACGUGGACGUGGACGUCGACGUGGACGUGGACGUGGAGAUGGACGUGGACUUGGACGUGGACGUGGACGUGGAUAGGGAAGUGGACCUGGACGUGGACGUGGACAUGGACGUGGACAUGGACGUGGACGUGGACAUGGACGUGGACAUUGAUGUGGACGUGGACGUAGACGUGGACGUGGACACGGACGUGGACGUGGACGUGGAAGACUUGGACGUGGACAUGGACGUGGACGUGGAUGUGGACGUGGACGUCACCGUGGAGGACGUGGACGUCGACGUCGACGUGGACGUGGACGUGGGCGUGGAUGUGGACGUGGAGGGGGAGGUGGACGUGGACGUGGACGUGGACGUGGACGUGGAGGUGGACGUGGACGUGGACGUGGACGUGGACAUGGAAGUGGACAUGGACGUGGACGUGGACGUGAUCGUGGACGUGGACGUGGACGUGGUCGUGGACGUGGACGUGGACAUGGACGUGGACGUGGACGUGGAUGUGGACAUGGACAUGGACCUGGACGUGGACGUGGACGUGGAGGUGGACGUGGACGUGGACGUGGACGACGUGGACCUGGACGUGGACGUGGACGUGGACGUGGAUGUGGACGUGGAGGUGGACGUGGACGUGGACGUGGACGUGGACGUGGACAUGGACGUGGACGUGGACGUGGACAUGGACGUGAACGUGGACAUGGUUGUGGACGUGGACAUGGACGUGGACAUGGACGUGGACGUGGACGUGGACGUGGGGACAUAG